CACUCCAUCAUCACACAAGCAUUCCAACCCCAACAGUACAGUACUCUACACUACCCGGUACCAACACACUAUACUCCCAAGUUCCCACUCCACCACAACAACCACCGACCACACCAUCAACAAUAUGCAGAUCAUCGACUUCGCUCUGGUCGGCCUCGCUGUUGCUGCCCCAGUAGCACAGGAGGCCGUCAUGGGGGCUACCACAUGCCCUGGAAUCAACGGCGGCAAAGCUGCUAGCAACAACAACCAAGCAUACAGCCUCGACUGCGGCAAAUGGGUCGACACCGAUCAGCUCCUUCGCAUCACGACGACCGAGGUCGGCUUCCAAGGCUGCUUGACCGCCUGUGACGGCACCAUCGGCUGCGCUAUCACGCAAUACAUCGCCAGCAACGAAGCUCAAACCACCGGCUCCUGCACACUCUACCCAGCGGGCUCCACCGUCAAGGACGGCGCGACCAACUCAUGGACGGUUGCCACUAAGCUCGACCAAUACGUGGGCCCAGACACACCACCGCAGACUCCUCUCGCACCAGGACCAGACGACAAGUUCGGCCUGAUCGCCAUCCACUCCGGCUCCGUCCUCCAAAACCAGGGCAUCACCGCCAAGAACGGACGUCUCUUCGUCGGCGGCAAGCAAGACGCCGGUUGCACCACGCCCUCCGACUUUGCAACCUUCUACCUGAAGGAUGGCGAAGGAUGGCUCUACGGUGAAGCCACUCCUCAGCAACUCUGGGUCGACGCCAGCGGAAUGGGUCAGGGUAUCACCGGCUACACCACUGCCUCGCAGGCACCACCCAGCAGCGCUUCGCGCACGACCUUCACCGUCGACGGCGAUGCUCACCUCCUCUUCAACGGCAUCUCUGCUCAGGCCUGUCCUCCAGCGGAUGACAACGUCGAGUCGGGCUGGCCCAUCUGGUUCUCCGAGGCCGACAAGCCUGGUUACAAUGAGGGCUGCAUUGACAUCAACCUUCGCGCUAUCAAGGCUGAUAACCCAGUCAGCUGCUUCUACACCUCUAACGAGUAAGUAGAGGUCUGGCCGGUGAACCAAUAAGAACAAAGAAAAGAAAAAGACUUUUGUGAUAUUCUGAGAUGCAUAGCGCGGACGGGCGACAUUUACCACAGCAGGUGGGACGGCAUAGUGUUUUGCAGCAAUUCUUGGCAUGUCAUUAUUUUGUACAUUAAAAGCGGCAUGAACAUCAAUCGAUACUUUGGACGGCCACAGACACACUCUCUCAUGAGCUACGAACGACGAAAAAGAAGAAAUGGCAUAGCUUAAUAGCUUAUUUAAUAAGACAAAAAACUCUGAUUUGAACAUUUGCUUUUUCC